AUGACCAGUCCUGCCAUGAAUGUUCCAGAGUCAAGUACAAAAACCAACAUCCAACUGCCAGUUAAUGCUGCUUCUACUGCUAGUGAUUUUGCUGCUAUAUUGCUUCAUCGGUAUUUUCCAUUACAUGGUCUCCCAGACCCCAUACAAUCUCAUCGUGGUACCCAGUUCACCAGUGCAACAUUCCAAAAACUCAUGGAUAUCCUCCGGGUCAAAUCAACCAUUUCGGUCACAAAUCACUAA